AUGUUUAUAAAAGAAUUGAAUUUAUUUGCCUUUGAUCUAAUUAUUGCAACAAUAAUUUCGAUAAGCUUAGCAAUUUAUGGAAGUCAAAACAACCUUGAAUUUAGUGGUGAAGAAAUAAUUACAUCUUGUUUAUUGUUAAUAGUAAUAACGAUAACUUUUGCGAUGGGAUAUCAACAAAGAAAGAAAUCCUAGUAUGCAAUAGAGAAAGACAAUGAAUAAACAAUCACUGUAUACAGAGAUGGGAAAAUAUAACAUCUUUUGAUUCAGAAUCUGGUUUCAGGAGAUAUUUGUGUAAUCAAGGAGGGUCUAGUAAUCUAUUGUGACAUGAGAGUAUUGGAAUCCUCGGAUUUAUAAAUAUAGAUGAAUCAAGAUAUAACCUAAGCAAUAAAAGGGUCAUAGAUAUUUUGUGGAUCACUAAUAAGAUGUGGAUUUGGAAAGGGAGUAGUAAUUAAGACUGGAUCAAGUACUACGAUUGCUUAAAUUCAAAAGAGAUAGGGGAGUAAGUUAUUGCAGAAAUAGUUGAUUUUGUUCUAAUAAAUAAUGACUCUAAUAGCAUUAUUUGUGAUAGUAUUGGUAAUAAUUUGGAGUGCCGUUAUGACUGAAAAGGAUACAUCUGAGGUGUUUGCAUAUGGAUUUAGAGUGGUUGAAUAAGUGAUCAUUGCAAUAGUUCCAGUUGGAUUAUUAGUGAUUGUUACGAUCUCAUUUUAAAUGGCAAUUAGAAGAUUAGCCAAACUUAGAUUCUUGAUUAAGGAUGCUGAAAGUAUUGAGAGAUUAAGUGAAAUCAAUUGUUUAUGUAUUGGAUUAAAUGAAGUAAUCACUAGUAAGAAUUACACAUUCAAUUCAUUCAAUGAUUGUAAGUAACUAUCAUAUGAAUGUCGUGGAUUAAACUCUGUUCACCUCCAGUAUUGUGCAAUACUGACUUGUAAUCAUGGAAAUUUGGAUGGAACAGAAAAGAGCAUAAUGGAUUGUUUUAAAGAUGAGGAUACUGAUGGUUUAAUUAAAAAUACUAAAUACUAUGUGAAUGGCAUUCAAUAUCGUUUGCCAUUCAAUAGCAGCAAGAAAUAUUCAUUAUCUAUUGUGGAAUAGGGAAACAAAUAUUUUGUUUACAUCAAGGGAGCUCCUGAAGUAAUAUGGAGUUACUGUAAUAAGACUCUAUUUGGCAAGAUUGAUAUCAAAUAGACUCAAUUAUUUAAUGAUUAAUUAGUGAAUUAAUGUUCAAAGGGACUUAGAAGCAUAGGAUUCGCUUAUUUAGAAAUUGAAAACGAAUAAGAUUUGAAAAUUAAUGAAAAUGAUUAUGAAUUCAACAAAUAAAACUUCAUCUAUUUAGGCACUUUGUAUUUAAACAACAGUCUCAAUGAAUAAGCUACUCCUAUCCUAGAGAAACUAUCACAAUAAAAUAUUAAGGUCGUGAUCAUCACUGGAGAACACCCAGAAACUGCAAGAGUCAUAUGCAAAAAUACAGGGAAUUACAGUAAUCCAACCAUCAUAGAAGGUCAUUAGUUGUAUCUACAUGUCGAUGAUCAAUAGGAAGUUACUAGAUUAAGUUCUGUUGAAAACAAAUUAGGAAAUUGGUGUUCCUAAUAAGAAAUCGUAUUUGCUCGAACAUCCCCAGAACAGAAAUUAAGCAUUGUCAAGGCUCUAUAACAAUUAAAUUAUAGAGUUGCCAUCACUGGAGAAGGAUUAACUGAUUUAGGAGCAUUUAGAUAGGCUGACAUCAGUAUCAGUAAAAAACAUGGAUCAUUACAAAUGAUUAUCAAUUCUAGUGAUUUGAUCCUUACUUCCAGUAAAUAAACUUUUCUUGAUAGCUAUUAAGCAAUAUUGGAAGCAAAAAGAGCAGUCAAUAAUGUUACUAAAUCUAUUAUGCUUUGUUUAUCAUCAAAUACAGCCAUGAUCUUAGCUUUAUUCGUCUAUUGUUUUCUCGGAACUCCCUUACCCUUUUCACAAAACCUUAUGUUAUUAACUAGCAUUUCCGUUGAUUUGAUUCUUGGAAUCAGUUUAGCUAGAGAAGAGUUAGAAUACAGAAUUCCCAAUAGAACCAAUCUCUUCCUCUUUGCUAUUUUGAUUAUUGGUUGUAUUGAGGCAGGUGGAGGACUUAUGGCAAGUUUCAGUGCUUAUCGUUAUUUUGGGUUUAAUUUAUAGAAUCUCUAUUUCACAAGAUUUGCUAGUGCCUAUCCUGUUGGCGAUCAAGAUAUUUAUAAUCCAUAAAGUAAUACUCUAGGUAAUUCAAAUCUACAGGAUAAUUGCUAAUAUUAUGGUGAGAUGUAGAAUUAUCAAUGGAGUUCUCCUAAUAAUACUAUUGAUCAGAGGUUAAUAUUUGUUGAAUGUGGCACCUGUUCAGAUAUGUAAAAACAAAAUGGGUAUUUAACUGACUGCUGGAAUACAAAAUAUGAGUACCCUAAUUGUUUAAGCAACUCUUAAUACUGUUAUACUGCCAAAUCAAGUGAAUAUGCAUCGACAUCCUUCUAUAUAGUCUUGGUAUUAUCGUAAUGUAUCAAUUACUUUGCAUUAAGAACUCUAGUUAAAUCUUAUAAUUCUACUCGAAUUAAUACUUUAGCCUUAUAUGGAUUAACGAUAUCAUUAAUUAUAUUACCAAUUAUUGUUUAUGUUCCAGGAAUUUAAUAGGUUUUUUAGACAGUUAAUAUGCCUUGGGAAUUAUUAGGUUCAGCAGGCCUUCCAUUUUGUUUGCUUUUGCUAACUAUAGCUGAAGUAAUAAAAUGGCUACUAAGAACAUAUGUUGGAUUUUAAAUAUUAUGAUUUUGUUAUUUAUUUUAUUGUUUAUGUAUAAAU